UCUUAUGCCACCUGACCAGCCAGCUGCUACUUACACCAGCUGUGCCCAUUCAUCAUGGAGAAAGUCCUUGCCCUUCUGCUCGUCGCCCUUGCAGUGGCCUAUGCAGUUCCUGACCCCCGGGGAGUCAUUAUCAACUUGGAGGCGGGCGAGAUCUGCAUGAACAGCGCCCAGUGCAAGAGCGAAUGCUGCCACCGGGAAAGCAGCCUGAGCCUGGCCCGCUGCGCAGCCAAAGCCAGCGAGAACAGCGAGUGCUCUGCCUGGCAGACACUCUACGGGGUUUACUACAAGUGUCCCUGUGAGCGGGGCCUGACCUGCCAGGUGGACAAGACCCUCGUGGGCUCCAUCAUGAACACCAACUUUGGCAUCUGCUUCGAUGCUGCACGCUCCGAGGAGUGAAAGCACCCAUCCAGCCUUGCACCCAGGCCAGCACGCCGAGGGACGCUCCUCUGCCACCACUUCUCCCUGGCUGGCCGUCCUCAGGACCAGCAUCUCCAUCUCCU